AUGAGGCUCCGAAUCCUACUUUUCGCUCUCGUUUCGACAACGUUGGCGCAAGAACGAAACGCGCAGCGUCCUGCUCGAACAUCCGCUGCUGAAAUCAAAUACAGCGAUCCGAAUGGCCUGAAGGUCGACUGGAAACUCUUUGCUCCCCAGAACCAAUGGCGCACUCACUUGGAAAAUUCUCAGCGUCGUCAGCGCGGCCAGUCUGAUCUCGUGAAUCCCCAUCAACCGGUACAGGCUGCCCCUCAGUCACAGCUGCUGCAAUCAGAGCCAGUUUACGGCAGAUUACAAUUCAAGCCAGAAGCUCUAGCGGAAGCACAACCUCAUCAAAAUCAGAUACGUGUACAGUACAGAGUGUACCAACAACUAUCCCCGGAAGAGCAGCAACAGGACCUUAACCAAGUCCAGUUCAGAGCUUAUCAGCAAGCUCAUGCUCAGCUGCAAGCGCAGCAGGGUCCUACUCAGGUACAGUACAGACCGUAUCAGCAGGGUCAGUCUUCGUUGGAAGCUCAACCAGAGUCUAAUCAGAUCCAGUACAAGUCAUACCAAGAUGCCCAACCGAAGCAAGAGAUCCUGGACAACUACGGCAAACCCGAACGUCAAUAUCCUGACCAAACACCAGUCCUCUACGGCUCGAACUACGCCGACCCUCAGCAACAGGAGCAACGUCCAUCGAGGACAGACGACUCCAACUACGAGCAUCUGACAAACAAUUAUAACGAGCAGCACGAACAGUCGAAGGCUAGACGGGAAUACUCCAACAAAGGGCUUCAAGGUAGAAUCGUGUACAAAGAUGACUAUGAACAAUCGCAGCAGCCACAGCCAGCUCAGCAGGAGUACGUGUCUGUGCCAUACGAGAGGAUACCUGAUCCACCAAAUCCCCAAUUGUACCUCAGUAAAGAUAUGCCCAAGGAGAUCCAGGAGUUGCUCAAAUUCCAGGCUCAGUUGCCUUAUAACGUAAUCGCAAAUAGCAUCACUCACAAUCCUAAAGCAGUGUUCGUGCCACAGCCACUACCAGAAAAUGCAAGGUCGUCUCGUUACACCAGCAAAGUUUAUUAUCUGAACAAUGGCCGAUACGAACCGGAAUUCGAGAAUACCAAGCCUGUCCAGGAGUAUCACGGUCAUUGAACAGAGAAAUGAGCGAGGAGGAUACUGUCUGAUGAACUGACGCGUUGAGGGUAGGGUAGGUUGACUCGGCUGACUGAAGGGACUCGGGAAAGAGAGAAGUGAAUCGGUCUCUGACUUUGCUGCAUAUGUUAUUGUUUAAUUUUAACAAAAAUGUGGAAUUAUUCGUCAAGGUCAAUUAUUCAUAAAUCUGCGAACAGAAAAGUCCUUUUCCAUUUUUAAAUCCGAAGUUUCGUUAUCGGUAUAGGGACUGUUGAAUGCGCAUGAGCCCGUGAAUCAGCUGACUGCGAUAUAAAAUGGCGUAUACUUGGAAUUCCAUUAUUAAACAUUUAUUGAUCGUAUUAGAGUAACGAAGCUUCGGAUUGUAAAAUGGUAAAGGACUUUUCGAUUUCAUUUCACACGAGGAAUCGACCUCAAAAUCCAACAUUUUUGUUACCACUCUAUACAUUAAAAAAAAUAUGAAAAUUAGACAUUUUUUGAUUGUCAUCCGAAGGAUCGACUGAAGGAUUUUAACAGAUUGCUUUUUAAUUAACAGAAGUCCCCGACUUUUCUGUUGGAAAAUGGAAAUUAGCCAAUUUAACCAUUAGUUUGCUAAUUUUUGAGCAUUAGAACAGAAUUUGUAAACUUAUUAUCAUUGCAGGAGACUGCUAGAAAACGAAUUUUGAACCUUGUUUGAACUUCCACUUUUCGCAUGAACUAGAAAAAUUGGGAAAUUGGUCUACUCAUCUUGACGUGUCCAGGAAACAAGGUUUAGAAUGUCGUGAACGCAUAUUUAAUGCAACUUUUGUUCACCUUCGCGUCACUGAUAUUAGAUUAAGCUUCUGCGUUUAUCUUUCCUACAGCUUUAAACAGAAAUAAGUAUUUGUUGUCGUACGCUUUAUCAUAAAUAUAUUAAGCACCUCGUAAUUAAUAUCGUUACAGUUCCAGCUGGUAACUACACUAAUCGUUGUAAUUAGAAUAUUAUUGUACAUUAAAUGUACAAUUUGUUUUUUCAGAAGGGAAGAAAUCUCAAGAUAUUCAUUUGAAAUGAAAAGUUUACGAACUCGUGAUAAGAUUUAAGACGCAUUAAUUUCGUAUUUCUACCGUAUUAAUCAUAUCUGGGCAUUUUUAAAUUAAUAUUUUAAAUAGCAAGUUUAUGUUUUAUUUUUUUACUCCGAUAUUUUUCUAUAGAUCUGAUUGAUAGAAAUCUAAAUAUAAGACAAAAAUGUUAUAGACUUCGUACAAAAGUUAUUAAAUGAAUUUUCAUGGCCACUGCUUCCUCAUUUCUAAUUGAAAUGAGAAAUACUAAAAUAGGUUCAUCAUCUUAAAUGCCUGAUCUUUAAAAAUUUAUUCAAAAGGUUUAAAUAUAACUUUUUAUUUUCGAUACAAGUAAAAUUCAGCCAGUAUUAAUCCCAACGAACGUGCCUUGUAUUUUCCCAAUAGAAAAUAACAAUAUCUAUACUGUUUUUAUGUAAAAUUCAAUGCUGUUGAUGAAUAAAUUUAUUUGCCAAGUUAAGGAACAAAUGACGCUACAAAGAAAACCUUCGUCUCAGUAAACGAA